AUUAAUAGUCGCUCACUGUAAUUCUCAGGAAUUGAAUUGAAUUGUUGAAGAAAAAAAGAAGAAGAAGAAAGGAGAAGAGAGAAAAAUGAAUGCUCCAGAUCGUUACGAACGAUUCGUCGUUCCAGAGGGCGUUAAGAAGGUUUCAUACGAGAGAGAUACAAAGAUCAUAAAUGCAGCUACAUUCACCGUUGAAAGAGAGGAACACACUAUCGGCAACAUUCUUCGCAUGCAACUGCAUAGGGAUGACAAUGUACUAUUCGCUGGGUAUAAGUUGCCUCAUCCUCUUCAGUACAAAAUCUUGCUCAGGAUUCAAACAACAAGUCAGUCCUCACCUAUGCAGGCAUAUAACCAGGCCAUAAAUGAUCUUGAUAAGGAACUUGAUCAUCUGAAGAAUCAGUUCGAGGGCGAGUUGGCCAAGCACUCGAGGGAAUACUAAUCUAUUUGGCAGUGAUAUUUGGUUCUCAACGAUGGUGCUUCGUACAGUUUCCUAGUUCUUAGUUCUGUCUAGGCUAGGAGUUUGUCUUGUCGAAUCUUCGUCUAUAUGUAUGUUGGACUAACAACUACAGUUUGUCUUGGGCGGUUAGCCCAUGCUUUGUUUAAACUAUUUGCUUGCAGUGUUGACAAGCUAUACUUUGAAUGUCUGCUUUAUGCCUCAAAGUUUAGGUUUCGAAACGCUUGUGCAUGUUGGUAAAUCUUAUAGGUGAUCAGCUAAGUUGAUAUCGGCACCUUUGGCACACUUUUUGUAUCUAUAUUUGGUUUUAGUUUGGUUUUUAAUUA